GAGGCGUCGUGUCCAAGAAGACUCAUUUGAGUUUUGGCUACAUCUUCCAGUGACUCCUGCUGAUUAAGUUAUUUUUCCCAUGGAGCGUCUGAAAGGCGGCAGACAUUAUGAGGCAUUUCUUCUUUUCAUGUGUGUUAUAGCGUGAGGGGGUGCAGGAUAACAACAAAGACACACAUGAAGAGAAGGAAGGUGAGGCGGCGACUGUCACUCAAAAGUCUGAAUAUGUGUGCUGAAGCUGCAGUGAGUACCUGACCCAGCUCUCUGAAGGACGAACAGAACAGAAAAAAAGAAAGAAGACAGAUUCGAAUAUAUAGUUUACCAAAAAAAAAAAAAAAAGCAAUAGGUGAUAGACGCGAAUCAGACAAAGUGAGAGGAAAGUAGAUCUUGUGAAAGUGGGACAAACAUCUGAGACGAGUGGAGGAGUGAGGAUGAUGCGAGCCCAGAUUGAAGUUAUCCCAUGCAAGAUUUGUGGUGAUAAGUCUUCUGGAGUGCAUUAUGGAGUCAUCACAUGUGAGGGAUGCAAGGGCUUUUUCCGGCGCAGCCAGCUUCCCACCGUGUCCUACUCCUGCUCCAGGCAAAGCAACUGCCAGAUCGACCGAGCCAGCCGGAACCGCUGCCAGCACUGCCGCUUGCAGAAGUGUCUGGCUCAAGGCAUGAGCAGAGAUGCCGUGAAGUUUGGCCGCAUGUCCAAACGCCAGCGAGACUCUCUCAUUGCCGAGGUGGAGCGACACAGACAGCAGCAGCAACAACAGCAGCUGCAGGGAGACACCCAGGUGGCUCUGUCCUACCCAACCAAGAACCACCAGGACCGCUCCCAGCAGCUCAUCCAGCCCAUGCCCACAACGUACCCCUACGGUGGGGACGCAGAGCUGCUGCCCUACGGCGCCGAGGUCCAUCCCUAUCUGGUGUGCUCCCCGAACGACUCGCAGGUGUCUGAGAUGAUCUACCGGGGCUCCGGUGUCUCCCCUACGACCAGAUACCAGGAGAGGGGGGACAACAGCAGACACCAUGACGCCAGAAGAUUUGACUCCAGACAGCCCGCUCAUGACCUCAUGACUCUUCACCCCUACAAUCCUCUCGAUGAUCUGUACAACCUUUAUCCCCAUUCCCUGCGAAACAUAGAUGAGCUGUGUGCCAGCAUUGUGCGUUCCCACAGAGAGACCAGCCAGUACAGACUGGAGGAGCUGCAGGCUCUCAAAUGGAAAGUGUUCAGCAGAGAGGAGAUCCAAGCCUACCAGAGCAAGACAGUGGAUGAGAUGUGGCAGCACUGCGCCAUCCGACUGACCGACGCCGUUCAGUAUGUGGUGGAGUUUGCGAAACACGUCCCAGGUUUCCGUAUGCUCAGCCAGAACGACCAGAUCGCGCUCCUCAAAACUGGCUCCAUGGAGGUGGUUCUGGUCCGAAUGUGCCGCUUCUUCAACACGGAGAACAACACCGUCUUCUUCGAUGGGAAGUUUGCUGGAACUGAAGUCUUCAAGGCUCUGGCGUGCGGGGAUUUAAUCGCGGAGGUGUUCGAGUUUGCUCACGGGAUGUGUGCUCUGAAGCUCACGGAGCAGCAGCUCGCCCUCUUUAGUGCGCUGGUGCUGAUCAACGCAGACCGUCCAUCUCUGGAGGACAGAGUCAGAGUUCAACGGGUCCAAAGAAGCGUGGAGUUGGGGCUCACUCAUAUCCUUCACCGAGACAACCAGGAUAGUCUGUUGCAUAAGCUCUACCAGAAGAUGGCGGGGUUGCGCUCGCUGUGCGCCCUGCACAUGGAGAAGCUGCGCUGGUUCAGCCAACGAUACCCGCUCACUGCUCACUCUCUGUUCCCCCCGCUCUACAAGGAGCUGUUUGCAUCCGAGGCCGAGCUGCUGCCGGGGGCCACUCUCUGACCGUCCCGCCGAUGAUGCGGACACACGCUCACAUCCACAGACAGGCAGAACCUGACGUGUUCAUGGUACUUCCCAAAGGAAUCUGUGUUUUGAAUGGGAAGAAUCCUGCAAUUGUAAUGGAUUAUUGUUGGAAUUUCCUUUUGAUAGGUUGAUUAUUUCAGGGAACCGUGAAUUUUGAUGUUAUUUGAGAGUAUAUUUUUAGGACUUAUGUUGUCUCAGGACGUGCUGUUGUGAUUCUUUCCAGCUGUAGCUUGAGUGUGUGUCACAGUUUGUUUAUGCAAAGAUUCAAAGAGGCAGGAGGCACUGGCAACUUAAAGUCGCAGUGACCUCUAAAUCGUCCUGCAAAUAAUAAUGAUAAAAAAAAAAAAACAUCACUCAAUGCUUUUACUUUGACGGUGUGUUUCAUAAAAGUUUGGAUUCACCCUGGAAAUUCCUUUGCAAAAACAAGUAGAAGUUAAGAAAACUAAAAAGUGAAAUAAAAGGCAGAGAAAAACCCUGUUGUAGUAAAGGUUUAGUCCGAGCUAAACAACCGGAGAGUUUCAGUUGUGCUGUAAGGUUUGCUUUCCUCGCAAUAAAUACCACACUGGCUUUAAAAAAAAAAAAAAAAAAAAAGAAGAAAAAAGAAAAGUCAAGCUGUGCUUUCCGGUAAAAAAAAUAAGCAAUAAAAGUAACAAACUGUAACAGAUGUUGACCCCAUUUCACAGGAAAAACAUUACAUAACCCCUUUUUUUCUGCUGUCACUUUAUUUUAUUUUCAUAUUUCAAGUUAGUGCAAAGCUUCUUUAUCGUUUGCGUAAAGUAAUGUUGACGUCAUGUUGAAAUGUUAUUAAUUUUUUCCCUGUCCGAUCAUUCUUGCUUCUGCUCAGUGUUUGUUUUCCAGACGGCUUCGGCUGCAUCACUGCUUUAAUAAACGAUAUAAAAGCAGAGAAAAGUU